CGCUUCUUUCCUCACAGCACUACAUUGAGGUUUGUCCUGAGGAGAUAAAGCAGAGAACAAGCAAGAAGCCAGAUCAGAUCACUGGUGCCUGCUUGCCUGCCACCCACAACCAAGGUCACUCCACAGCGUGUGGGAGACCAUACUACCACCAAACCAAGGCACCAAGCCUUCCUGUCAACAAGCAGCUUUCCACUGCCACCCGACGGACAACAUGAGCGAGCCCAAAACGGCACCAUUCAUGGCCACCUGGAGAAAGGCCCACAAGGCCUGGAUGGAAGCUAGAGCCUCGAAGGAAAAACAAGCAUGCAUUCCACCUCUCUUCAAUGCCGUCCUGGAUGUCGCCUCCAACUUUGCCAAAGUCGCCGGCCAAACGGAGUGGUCCAAGCUGGUCAAGGGCCUGGGCUUCCUGCCGCAGUACUUCACCGCCUCGACAACCCUUCGCGAGGCUGCGCUGGAGCUGGCCGUCGCCGUGCUCAGCAACGAGGAUGCUCGAGCAAACUUGACUGAGGCCGCCGACGCCAGCGCAUCUUUCCUCCAGCUCCUCAACACUGUCGUCGAUCACUUUGUGGGCGCAAGCACUGAUCCGGAUACGAUGAGUGGCCGGUCAUUUGACCUGUGCGCCCAAAUCUGUGUGCUCCUGCUUGAGCACAGGAACAUCCUCGACACUGCCCACCGCCAACCGGACCUCCUCCGCACCCUCGCUCGUGCUUCGGUGCGCCAACCCCAGAUUCGUGAACACGUGUACCGUCACAAGAACAAGGGCAUCGUCCACACGCUGGAUGCCGCGGACACCAACAGCAAGGGACCAUCCUCCCUUGUGCCCAACUUUCGAUUCACCUGGACCGAUGAUCGCGUGGAUGAGAUGAGCCAGACGACCUGGGAGCACCAGCGCAAGCUCUGGCGUGUCGCUGACCCCCACCACUACCGCAGAUUCACAGGCCCCGACACCCUCGCCCGCGUCUUUUCCCUUCUCACUUCAACCGAUGAUGAGCUCAACGAUUUCAUUCGCCAUGUGCUGCGUGAGUCCCUCGCCGCAAAUCUCACCGUCGACGAAACCAAGUACCUCAUGUACAAGCUGGGCGCCGUUGCAUUUUCGACCGACGUCAGCAACACCCACGUGCCCGCGUUUUGUCGACUGCUGGACGUGUCAGCGUGGGAACGCGCAUUCACCGUGCUCGCUGGCGCUGCAUCGGACGCCGAGGCACACGAAGCCUUCCUCCAGUCCCCUGCUCUCGCAACUGUCUGUGCUGCCGUUCGUGGCACUCUGGAAUCGGGCUUGGCCGAAUGGCUCUGCCAGCCAGCUCAGGACAACAUCGCCCGCACCCGUCUCCUCCAAGCCGUUCAACAGCACGUGGACACAACGCUACAGCUGUCAGCCUCCGUCGCGGGCUCCUCAACGACACCGCCAUCUGACACUCUUCAAGCAUCCCACACGCCCCAUAUCAACUCCACCAGUGCACUGGACACUCCCCAGCCCGACUCGGCACUCGGCACGUCCGUCUCGCCCAAACCUUCCUCGCCUGACUCUGCUACAAAGCCCCGUGAUGAUCUCAGCAACGCUGCUGAUGAUGAUGAUGACGAUGACGAUUGGGGUGAUGGUCACGAUGACCAAACCGACCAUAUCAGCAAUGAUGCCAAUGGUGCCAAUCACACCACUGCUGCCGAUAAUGAUGAUGAUGAUUGGGGCGAUGACAGCACCACUGACAGCACCACUGACAGCACCACUGUCAGUACCAGUCCUCAAACGGAUGCUGACACCCGCGCAGCUCUCAUCCAGCGCGUGACCGACCUCAUCAAGGAACACUUGAGCGCACUGUACCACCUCGUUCUCUGCCGCACAAACACCAUCCUUCAAUUUCACCUGCAAUCCAGCAACACAGAGGCAGUCUCCACGGUCUGUGUUGAGGUGCUGGAGAUUGUGCACAAGAGCAGCACCUUGGCCUUGCUGGACCUGCAUGAGGUUACCGACCUGAAGGAUCUCCUCUCCAAUCUCCUGCGCAUCAACACCGCCCCGUCCGAUGGCCUCCUCGUCGCCCUCGUCUGCCACAUCCACCCAAAGCCUGCCACGCUGCAUCACCUUGCCACAGAGUCGAACAGGCGCCGCCUCCUCGGUCGACUCCAACUCGUUCAACGCAUCCUGGUUGAGUGUGUGGAGCGUGAUCCCUCUGAAAUGUACAACGCAACGGAAGAGACCCUCGACCUGCUUGCUGCAGCCGUGCCAGACCACACCGCCUGUCCGGCUGACUGUGCCGCUGCCUUCCUGGCCAUCUUCGGCAGUUCCGGUGCUUUCCAAUUCACGCCAGCCCACGCCAGCCACAUCAUCGAGGUCCUGGCUGCCACGUCGCUCGAUGGUGAACAUGCCACUCCAAGCAACACUCCAGCCACUCAUGCUACAACUGUGAUGGCGCCCACCACAACAACAGCCCACGCCUCUGUCGCUGACCCAAAGACUGAGCAGCGCACGCGCCUAUGCAUGCUGCUGCUCUCCCUCACCCGUUCUGCUGAUAAGGAGGUGAUCCAGCGCAAUUGGCAGCCCAUCGCUGACAGGCUCCUCGCCGGCCUGCCCCUCAUCACAGCCACGCCACAGCAGCACAAGGCGUGUUGGCACGUCCUCUUCCGUGCAGCGCCAGCCCUGACUGCGAGGACCAAGAUUCUAGCCGCCUUGUUCGAAUUCUGCAUGCAGCAGUGGCUUCGGCACGACGAGCUAGCGUGGGCAAAGGGAGACGCCCUUGUCGACACCCUUCAAGUGCUGUCUCAGAGCAACCGCAACCGCACCCGCAACCUUAUCAAGGACCAGAUCGCCAAAGCCAUGCACACGCUCACGCACAUGCUAUCGUUCGACCGUCAGACCUCCCCAGCGUACGCCCUCUUGUUUGAGCUCGUGAAGCCCCACGACCUAGCCUCCGUCAUCGAAGACCACGAUAACGAUGGCGAGUUCGACAGUGGUGCUCCAUCCCACAGUGAGCAUCUGCUCGUCAGCGCCACAGAUGCAGACUCCAAGUUCCCUCUCCCCGCAGCAUUCAAGGAAGGCCUACAGCAUGCUGUGGCAGAGUACAACACGAGCGAGGCUGACCCUUUCGAGAUUGUCAGCGAUGGCGAGCGCGCCACCUUUAACGGCCACGUCCUGGGCAACUGCUUCAACUCUGCUCGCGCGUAUGCACAGGCUUGCAAGAUGUUUCCGGCAGCAGACGGGGGCGUGGUCCCCACAACCCGCACCCUCCAGUACCUCAAGACCAUCUUGUCCACACUUCGCACUAACGACAACCUGCUCCUGCAAGGCGAGACUGGUGUGGGCAAGACGAUGCUGACGCUCUUCGCCGGCCAUCUCGCCAACCAGGUCGUGCUGCGCUUCAACGGGUCAUCACACAGCAGCGUUGAGGACCUCUUUGGCAGCGUCACCAACGACCCCACCAAGCCCGGCCACUUUGGACUUGCCCCUGGCCCCGCCAUCCUCGCCUACACUUUUGGCUAUUGGCUGUACAUUGACGAGGCAAACCUGCUCAAGGAGGAGCUGGUGCAGACUCUGGCCUGCCUAACUGAAGACCGUCUCUCUCUCGCCCCCUUUGCCAAAGGCCUCUCGAUCCUCGACUGCACCUCCGCUUACACGGGCAAGCCCCUGCCCAUCAUUGGCAGCGGCAGUGGCGGUGAUGAUGCUGCCCUUGUGCGAAAACACAAGAACUUCCGUCUCAUCUUCGCCCAGAACCCUUGCGACAGCAGAUACAACCGCGAAAAGCACAGCCUCAACGUCCUCAGUACCUUCGUGCCACUGGAUGUGACGUGGGGCUCGAACCUUGCAUCCCGCAAGGCCGAGUGGAAGAUGAUCGUUACCAGUGCCCUUCGUGGUGUUCUGCCUGAAGACAUCCACCACAGUCUGUCUUCCGACAAGUUGGCGAGCCAGCUGGUGGACUUUCACGUGCGAAUCACAGAUGCACAGCUCCUCGAAGAGCUUCGUGCCAUGGAGAACGAGGGCGAGGUGUACGAGCAGCAGCACUUCAUGGACUUGACGGUGCGCGAGCUCAAGCGUUUUGCCAGCGCGUGUCGCGCAUACAUGGGCCGCCUCAAGGGCUCCGCUUCGAAGGCUUUUCAAACACACUUGACAGCCUUUGGGCUCAUGCUCUCCUCCAUCUACGGCGCCCGUUUCCAGUGUGCUGCGUCCCGCCAGCGCAUUGCCGAGAUUGCAUUUGAAUGCCUCAACGCAGAUCAGCCGCAAGCAACAGGAGCCUCUCCUCAAGGCCGGUUGCAGAUGCAUGCGCAGGCUGUCUUCAUUGAUGGCAUCCCACUCCAGCGCAAGGUGGCCGCACCCGAGCAUGAUAUCGUGGACAUUGUUCACGACAAGAUCAUGCAGUGCGCGACACACCCCAAUUUCAUGCUCAAGUAUGGCUGCUACGACUUUGUCAACCAUGCAUGUGUGGACCGCGUUCAUGCCCUGAUGCGCGAUGAAAGCGUGUCGCUGGGUCAUGCGCUCUUGCACGCGUAUGUGGCGCCAAUCCGCUGUGUCCGUGCUCGGGCGGACCUUCUCGCUGACAUUUGCAAGACGCUUGAUGCCACGCAUGCAGCGGAGGCCCAGCGCCUGCGUAACGUCGACCCAUCCUCUCUGCUGGAACCCGACCAGUACAUCUGUUCGAUUGUGGUGACACCAGAGCUGGUGACAGCAGCACGCGAGUGCGCAGUGGCGUUCCUCCUGCGCACACCCUUGAUGAUCUGCGGCCCGAGCGGCGCUGGCAAACAGGUUCUCGUGCGCUUCCUGUCUGCCCUGACCAACAUCAGUCUCGCCCACCUUCACCUGACAAAGGAGACGGAGGUGCAAGACUUCAUUGGCAUGGCCAUCCCAGAGACAGACCACGCGACAGGGGACAUGAACCUGCGGUGGCACGAUGGCCACUUGCCUCGCACCAUGCGCAAUGGCGGCAUUCUGGUCCUUGAUGACAUUCUCUCCCUGCAGUCGUCUGUGCUCGAACGGCUCAACCCGGUCUUGGAGGAGAAGCCCACGCUCGUGCUGUCCGAGAACAACCAAGUCUCACCGAUACCUGAGGACGAGAUCAGCGACUUUCUGCGCUUUGUCGCCAUUGUCGAAGCAAGGAACAAGGCCAUGACGCCCGCCUUUGGCAACCGCUUUCACAUGGUGUACCUCAACCCGCCGCCACAGGAACCAUCGACGUGGCUCGUGGCUGCCAGCCGUCUCUUGCUCGGUCACGAAGCGGGUGAUGGGGAAUGUCCACGUGAUGUCUGUGAGCUGACAGCCAAGGCACACCAAGCCUGGUGCAGUUCAGAGGAGCGACCCAGUGUGCGGCGCUUCGUGAUGCUGUUUGAUGCCGCGUUUCACCUCACCCGCGGUACUACACCUCCCCCACUCAAGAACAAGGCUGCAGCCGCGGUGGGAGAGGCGUGUGAGCUCGUGCUCGCCCAACACCCGAAAACGGCGGAAGCUCUCAAGCAGCAGCUCGUCAAUUCCCUUCCACCCAACAGCGUUGACUAUGUGGAGGCAUUGCUGACGUCACCUCAGCCUGAUGGUGGGGUAACCUUUGUCCUGGACAAGGACACAACACCACGGGUGUAUGCAAACGCGAACAAGGUGCUGCGCGCCCUCAAGGCACGCGUUCCUGUCGUGUUUGAGGGCAGUCAGGCCGUGGGCAAGACGGCAACCGUGACUGCUCUCGUCCACUGGUUGACGCACAAGGCGAUUCUGCGCAAGACCAACAGCGAUUCCACGCAAGCCACGGACUACCUCUCCUACUGGCGUCCCAGCAAGCAAGGCAACUUUGCCUUUGAAGAGGCAGAGUUCGUGCGCACCCUGCGCAACGGCACAUGCUUCCUGAACGACGAGUUCAACCUCGCCAACACGUCCACCCUCCUCUCUGUCUUCAUCCCUGUGCUUGACAGCGGCUGCUUGGCGCUUCCAACCGGCGAGUACGUGCACAGAGCACCUGGCUUCUGGCUUGCAGCUUGCCAGAACCCCGUUGGCUUUGCUGGGCGCAAACCUUUGGCUCGCAAGCUGGCUGACCGCGUGUGUGUCGUGCCGUUUGAGAACCUGACACUGGACGAGCUGACGGAGAUUGCUGCCAAGCGCACAAGCAACGCCAUGAGCACAGACAUGCUGCGCAAGUUUGCUCAGCUGCAGGUGCAGAUGCGGGAGUACACCGCACUCAAGCAAGACCCGGCAGUCACCGUGCGCGAGGUGUGUCGCUGGACACGCCGCAUGCAGGCCACGCCAGACUCAGCGCCUCACGCCGUUGCGAACGGCAUUGAGUUGCUGGUGGGGCGAUCACAAGGCCAACCGCAGCUUGUCGAUUUGGUCACGAAAGCGUUUGCCAACGAAGAAGACGGCCAGAACGUUGACAGAUUGCACAGCGUAAUGGCGGGUGGGGAUUCCAUCCCCGAUGUUUGCUCUUUUACACUCCCUCGUGAUGGCUGCGUGGAAAUCAGAUAUGAGGGCCAUCCAGCGUCAACAGUUCGGGUCGAGACACAGCUGCCACCAGCCGCCAUUGCACCAUUGCUGACAGCACCCUGCUUCAAGUCCAAGCAGUUUUGCCUUGAUUUCUACCGCCUCUGCAAGUGCUACACAAACAAGGAGCCUGUGCUGUUGAUUGGCCCCACGAGCCGUAAGACUCUGCUCGUAGAGAUGCUGGCCAAGGUGACGGGUCGCCCGCUCUCAGCCUACACGCUUGGAACGGAUUCGACGGCAGAAGAGCUCAUUGGCCGCGUCCUGCCAACAACACUCGACGCGCAGAUGGCAAGUGCCGUCGAUGUCAUCAGGCGCAUCGACACCAUCCUUGCUGCUCAAGGCACUGCUGAUGCAUCCUUGACCGGCCAGGCGUCUUUGCUGGAAACGGCUGCUGGGUUCAUCGGGAGAGCCGACCUCAACUACACGGACGUGGGCCAGUGGCUUGAGCAAGUUGGUGCCGUGUUCCCUGCUGCUUCAUCGUUCGUGGAGGAGGGAAAAACACUCCUCAACGAUUUGCAGGUGACCCCGAACAAACAAGGUGAUGAGUAUGGCGAUCCCUACGCGCGCACCGAGCACAACGGAGAUGAUAGUAGCAGUGAUGGCGAAGAUGAUGAUUGGGGUGACGAUUCAAAUGAGCGGUCAUUACUCCCCACUUCCGCAGCGGGUGAUGGCACGGAAAGUGUUAGCCAUGGCAAUGCCGACGAUGACGAGGAUGAUUGGGGUGACGAAGAUGCAGACGGUGAUGACGAUGACGAUGACUGGGCCGAUGAUGGUGGCGCUGAUGAUGAUGCGGGUGCCACACGAGGCAAUGUGAGCAGUGACGACGACAGCUGGGGUGGUGACACCAGCGAGCACAGCUCCCGUCGCUCGUCCUCAUCACUCAGUGUCAUGGAUGAAGAACCCCAGGACGCAUGGUGGCUUCAAGAGGACAUUGUGACACCAGGCAAUACCGCCGAUGAUGAACCGCAGACAAACGCCGUGGACGUGCGAAUCUCCGAGCUGAAGCUCAAGGUUGUGGUGUACAAGGUUGCCUUGCAAGCGCUGCAGUUCAUCACAGCGUCUGUGUCGGCCGUUUCCGAGAGCCGUGACGAGCACACACAAAUGCAACAAGAGCUGGCGGCUUGUGCUGGUCUUCUUCGUCACAGUGUGGAUGCCCUCCUCAAGGAAGAUGUUCAGCACUCGUCUGAAUUCCAGCGCGCGCGCUUCCAAUUCAAGGACGGCCCAGUCACGGACGCUGUGCGGCGUGGUGGCAUGCUGCAUCUGCGUGACUUGCACCGCGCCCCUGCAUCUGCUGUGGAGAAGUUCAACUCUCUCUUGGAGUUGGAGCCUUCGCUCGAGACAAGCGAGUAUGGCAACAUCGACUGCCCGCAGUCGUUCUUCUUUGUCGCUUCCGUGACAUCUGAUCGCCAGCUCUUUGAGUGCGGCUUGUCACCGGCUCUCAUCUCGCGCGUCACCGUCAUUGACGUGCAGCCGUACACCAACACUGAGUUUCAGCACCUGGUCAGAGGCGCCCUCGGUAGCGUGGCAGAUACGACGAACGAGCUUGCCCACUUCAUCAACGACGUGUUUGAAGCAUAUGGCUCCUUCAACACGCGCCUUGCGUACCAGAUGAUUGGCUUUGUGCAGCGACACAAGGACCGCUUCGUCCGCGUGCAAGACGGCGUUCUUCACGCUGUGGCGGCGCUCAUAGCGCCUCGGCUGGAUGACGCGGGAAUUGACAAGCUCAACAAGGUCGUGACAGAUCGAUUCCAGUUCAGACUGGAGGAGUUUGAAAAGCAACCCGUUGGCUUCUAUUCACUGCCUCCCGCGCGACAAACAACGCAUGCAUCCUCGACACCAACGCAGCAGCCACAGAAGCUGGAAAUCAUCCCUGGCGAGCACAUCCUGGAACAGGCACAUUUCUUCUCAGCUGACGGUGAUGGUGUGGUGUUCGGUCUUGGUCCUUUCUGCAUCAGAAGUGUGCACACGUCCGCAGAUGUGGCGCCAAAUCUGCAGCUGUAUCCCGGCAUGAGCACCAACCACAAUCUUCGCGCGAUGGCUCGCGUUUUCAGCGCAGGACUGUACCCUGUUCUCCUGGGCCCACCGGCAAGUGGCAAGCUGUCCUGUGCUCGAGAACUUGCGCGUGCGCUUGGCUACAGCAACGUGACGCUGAUCACAUUUGCGCGUUCCACAUCGAGCGAGGAUGUGAUUGGCCGCUACCACCAAGCGCUGGACGGGUCGUUCCGGUGGGAAGAUGGCGCGUUCAUGACCGCUGUCAAUUCAAACCGGUUCAUCGUGCUCAAAGAUAUCCACCUCAUCAACAACGAACUUGCUGUCCAGAUCGCUCGCAUCCUACGCGAGCAUUCAACACCCCCAACAACUGCAAUGAGAACAAGCACAGCUUGUCAGGUGCCGAAGUUGCCGCUCGUGUGCGCGACUGCUCCAGCGUUGGAGAAGGUUGCAGAUCAACUGCAAAUCGCCUUUGCCCCGCUGCCCUUCCAACACAUCCUGCCGAGCAGCCCACACCCUGAUUUGGUGUAUCCACUGGUCUGCCACGCAUUCCGCGACAUUGAACAGCUGAGUGUGAGCCACGAACUGUUCAUGCCAUUGGCCCGUCUAUUGUGUGAACUGGUGGAAUUGAGCGAGGACGACUCGACAGAUCUGGUUGGCGCAUUUCCGUCCUGGUCCCUGCGUGAAAUGGAGAAAGUGAAGACCUUGUUCGUGCCGCUCUUCGAGACACUGCAGUGCCUGCAGUGGGUGGAGCACGACGAGCAAGGCGCAGAUGACGACGAAGAUGGCGGCGUGCAUCUGGAUCAUAACCAAGCAGACAGCGGUGACCACCACGACAACUGCCUGCCUGCAGACAUGCAGCAGCUGGCGCUGCAAGUCCUGACCAAAGUGGCACGGCUGGUGUUUGUGGGCGGCCUUGAAGGUCGAGCUCGUGACCUGGCCUUGAAGAAGGUGGUCAAGUGUUUUCCUCAAACAGCGCCUGACACUCAGUCGGCGGUUGUGGUGGACACAACCCUAACGCACUGUGUGCAUGUGGGGUUGGUGUUCUUUCCGCGUCGCCAAGCCACGCGAGAAACGCCCGCGAACGAUGCACGGCAGACCGUCUCACCGGAUUUCGUGCUCACACCACAGCAUGCCACAACCCUGCAGGACAUGGCGCUGGUGCUGCAGGCCCACCGCAGCCUCACCAUGCGUGGCCCCACGGCCAGCGGCAAGACCCAGCUCAUUCGCUGGUUCGCCCGUGCAGCCAAUGCACCCACCCUCGAACUCCAUCUGAAGAAAGCAACGGAGAUCGGAGAUGUCAUGGGGCAACUGCGCGCAGAGAUGGGAAUCGUGCGCGUACAGAGACUGGCCAACGCUGUCUCCAGCGCCCUGUGCAGCAUCUUCGUUGAUCUCAACACGCACGUCCUCAGUGCGCAGGAGAACGCACCUCAGCACACACCUCAGGACGCAGCGGCGCUUGCAGCUUCACUGACCCACGACAUUGCUCAGCUCGCUUCGUGCAUGGACAAACUCGUGUGCGCUCUGCAAGCAGGAGACGUGGCCAAGGCGAUGCCCUUGAAGGAUGACAUCAAACAGCAACUCGCAAACCUCCAAGCCAGACUCGAGGCCUCUGCCGCACAGAUUGGGCUGGAUGUACAAGCAUUUUCAUCUGCUGCGCAUGAGUUCACAGAGUCCAUUGACCACUUGCUUGUGCGCCUGGAUGACAUGUGUUUUGACGCGGGGGAUGGGCCUCUCCUGCAAGCUGCCCGCAACGGCUGGUGGCUUGUCCUGAACGAUGUCAACUUCUGCCCACACGACUUCUUGCUGCAGCUGCAAGGAUUUCUGGAGAACGACGUCGCUGACAUGGGUGCACACACUUCAAAAGACACCACCAACGGCACAAGCGCGUGGCAGGUGUCGCCAGACUUCCGCAUCAUCCUCACGUAUGACCCAGACCGACCAGGCGUGGUUCCGCUGCCACCCUCUGUGCGCCAGCGCUCUGUUGAAGUUGCACUGCCAGCAGUCGAUGCGGUGGAGCAGAGAGACACGUUGCAUCACAUCAUGAGCCAGUGGAUCUCAGAGAUUGGAUGCGACUAUCCACAACGAGUGGCAAGCGUGUUUGUGACCGCCCACUUUGCAGCAAAGCAGGUAAUGUCACCUUCCGAGGCGGACGGUCCGUUUGCAGUGACAUUCCGAACAGCCAUCCGCGCAAUGAAGCUGUUCCGCACCCUCAUCCCUCACGUGACGCAUGCCAACCUGCAGCAGGCAGUACUCUUUGUGCUGCGUCAAGUCUACGAUCAGCAUGGUCGCGGCGUCAUCAAGCAGCCCUUGCUGGCCGAGCUCCAGCAUUGGCCGGACGAAGAGCCGAGGUCACUCAACACAUGCAUCGUAUCAUCUGGCGAUACUGCCAUCUCAACAAUUGACGACACACUUGGUGCGCUCAUAUGGCACAUGGCGGCUGUGGCGAUGAAGGACGACAGCGCAACCGCCAGCGCACAGGAUAUUUGUCACUGGGCGGUGGCCAGAGCCAUGCAGUCCCUGAGCUGUGGUGGGGAGGAGCUGCCCCAUGCUCACUUUCCUGACAAGCCGCAGCUCUUCUUCAACGCCUUCGCUGAUCCCGAGCACUCCAUUGCGCUUCUUGCUCUGGAAGCUCAAAGCGUGGAGAUUGUGUCACGACAACAAGUGCUGGCGACUGUGCGCACUCUUCAACGCGCACUGGCAGAUAUUCCACAAGUGGCAACCCUGCAAGACUGCGACAAAUGGCGCAACAAGCUGCAGCAGUGGUUGGAGGCAUGUCAACACCUUGUGAUCGCAGGUCGCACAUUAUCCAGGCGCCCUGGCAUGCAAGACCUUGUCUCGUCCUUUGAAGGACUGGUGGCUGCCCUGAGCAACUACGUGGCUGCUUUUUCUGGACUGUUCAGGAAGGAGGUUGGUGCUCACAUUCUGCUGUCUCGAUUCAGAGCACUCAUCGAAGCCGCGGAGCGACGCAUGGAAACAGCGUUGCCUGACUCCAAAGGAAGGCUUGGAUUUUUCAUUGCACAAAUGGAGGCAGUUGUUCGCGCCAAACUCGUGCCACUGUCCCUGCAGGACCAGUCCGUGUUUCGCAUUCUCGCCCAAUCCCCAUCGCUCCAAGGGCUCAUGCAGCAUUUCAGCACGUUCCUUCCGAAAGCCACCAUCCAGUUGUCAGCAGCAGCCGUCUGCCUGCGCAGGGACAUGCCUUUCUCCGCUGAUGAGUACACGGCCACAGCAACCACGCUUGCCAGAAUGGUCAGUGCCGCGGCCACCUCAAGUGAUGUUGGCGGCACUGAAGCCAACCCUCUCUUCUCCCAAGAUUUCAUCACAAAGGCCAACUUAAUGCAAGACAAGUUUGAGGAUGUGAAGGAUAUCCUUGGGCCGCGCUUCAACAAAGCUCGUCGAGAGUACAAGAAGGCCGUCACGGAGAAGCUUGAUGACGACACCCCCGACUCUGUCCGUACAUUUCUGUCAAACUGUGAAGAGCCUGCAUUGGCUCCACCUGAGGAGUGUGGGAAAGAGUUUGCAGAGCUUGGGGAGAAGCGACAUCAAGUGGCGGGAUUGUACGAGGAAAUGAAUGCGCUCAAGGAAGAGCUGAAUGACCUCAAGCAGUACGUGUUUGAGAUGUUGGAAGAGCACGGUCCCACGCUUCAACCAUCGCAGCACCAGUUUGACGUGAUGGAGGCCAAGCGUGUCCUUGAAGGCGGUGCUGAUGCCGGCUUUGAGGAGAGCGAUAAGAUCCAAGACGCCUGGCACGUUUUCCGCAACUUUGCAGCGUCAUCUUCCAACACGUUCCUGGUGGUUGUGAACGCUGUGGGCGAAGACUGGCACACACAAGUGGAUGUGCAGCUCCUUCGCGAGCAUGGACAUGACACCGCGACCGUUGUUGUCGUUCCUGCAUUUCUGUUGAGUGAGCGCCACGUAUCUGUGAAAGAAAGCGAAGAAGAGGUGGAUGGCGGAGCACUGAAACUCAGGAUCACACUCAUCCAGGAAGCUGAGACCGGCGCAGGGUCCAACAUGCUGGAGCAGGUCAUCACUCGCGUCAUGACGCCUCACCAUGAUGCAGACUUUUCCCUCAAGCGCGAAGUGGAGCGGUUUCAGGGACGAAGAAAAGCGCUGACAGGGCACAGCACGGCGAGCCAUGUCAUGACCAGAGCCAUUGUUACACACUGCUCCUCGCAGCGCAAGGUUGUGGCGGCAUCAAACUCGGUCGUGAAGACGCUCGCCGCCUUGAAACGGCACGACAUGGAGUCUGACGCGUGGGUGAGCAAAGUUGGCUUGCUCAUCGCCCACAUCAAGCGCUUGCACAAGGCUGUUGACGCCAACAAGGAUACUGAGCAUCAAAUGUCCGACGCAGUUAUCGAGUUUUGGGCAUCGCAGUCUAUUGAUGAGCGUACGAAGAUUGGCUUGCACCAUGCCCUCGUCAAACUGGCCAACAACGAUGUUCCUGGGUCUGCCCGCAUGCUGCAAGCUCUUGACCAAGACACAUUGGACAAGUACCGCUGCAUGUUUGCCGUGGUGCGUGUGUGCACGCUCUACGCAUCACAUGGGGAUGCCAGCAUGUCCUCCGUUCAGCCUGCAAUCUCCUCCAUGCUUGCAGCGUGGUUGGAUGAUGUUCCAUCACAAUCCACAAUGGCCGAUGCGCUCUCAACCAUCCUCUCCAGCUGUCCUGUGACCCCACGUGAUUUCAAGGACAAUCUCUCGGCCCUGCUGCAGCUGCUUGGUCAGAAGCUCGUGGGCGGCAAGGAAGCACGUCAGCAGCUGGCGGCUGUGCUUGACCAACUGCGUGAACUGCAGGAGCAGCAACCAACACCACCAGAGCUCGAUGCGGAUAUCAACCGGCUUUCCUCAUUGCUGGAUCCUGAUUAUGUUUGCGGUGUGGAUGUGGCACAUUGGCAGCGAAAGCCCGAUGAAUGGCGAAAGCGUUUGCGUGAGGAGAAGUUGCGCCUGGCAAAGCGAGAACUGCGCUCAAUGUUCAAACUGCCAGCUCUCGAAGGCACCCUAAAACACGAGCUUGUGGACGCCUUGCAGGGGCUGGCUGCAGAUGUGAAGAAGUUCAACAAAUCGGCUGUGGAAUGCUCAGAUCUGCGGCGAAAGCUGAAACGUGUUCUGGUUGGCCAAGUUGUGGACAGCAUUGCUGAUCUUGUCCAUCGAAUCGCGGGUCUGUGUGGCGAAGGAACACGACUUAUGUCAAGACUGCGAGAAAAACAACACCUCAUGCUCCAACAACAUGAGGUGCCAGUUGAUGUGUUGCCACGCGUGCUCAAAGCGAUGCAGCGUGUCGCCAGUGCCACGUGUGUGACUCCAGAAACGGCUGAGUCCGCAGAUUGGUUCAACGUCUCACCAGAUGAGCUGGUACUCGGGGUGGUGCCAGCUGGGUGGCGCGUCGUGUUGUCCCGCAGCUUGAGUGCUGAAGAGAUUGAGCAGCAAGCAGAGCACUUUUCGCGUUGCACAACGAAUGCCUUCGAACUCAUGCAUGAACGCUUUGAAGAAAUGGAGCUCACCCUGGACAAUUAUGCCGAACAGGUGCGUAGUUCACUUUGUGAUCUGGUCAGAAGCAUCAGGGAAACGAUCCAGCAGUCAGAUCUGCAAGGUCGGGCUGAAACAGGGAUGAGAAAGCGAGAAGCGCAAGAUCAAGUCGUGCAAAAGCUGCAACAAGUCGAAGACGGGCUUGCAGCAGAUGCCUCAGACGACAUUGACGGCCACGCCGAGGCCCAAGAGUGCUUGAAUUUGGUCGUCCCUGGCACCAAUGUAUCACAGCAACUCCAGCACAUUUGCGGUGCACUCGAUGUGAUGUGCUGCUUUGACCAGUCCCAACACCAGGCCACAGAGGAUUCAGCAAGUCCCUCCACAAACCUGAUCCUGCGCGAAGGGGAAAGUGUUGUUGACUGCGUCCAGCGUGUCCUUCAACGAACCAACAUUUCUGACCCGCACAAUGUUGCCGUGCAGAGGGUGUGGUGCUGGUACUUGUCGACUCUGCUCAUUGUGGGGGCGCGCAACAGCAGCGAGGUCAAGUGGGGCACGACAGAUGUUUCGGAACAAGCGCGGGAUGUUGCUGUGCGGUGCUGUCAAAGCGUGAUGGACUUUGGCGGCGCAGUUUCCGUCACCAAACGCGCCAUCAAGUCAUUUGAGCAUGCGUUGUCCCAAUGUGACCUGUCCACCGGCACCUUCAAGUUCAGUGUGAAGGUGCUGCACUCGCUCAGCGUGCUUCACAUUUUGACGCUUCCGCGGCCACUGAUCGACUUUGCUUUUGCGUUGUCGCGAACCUCCGCGGUGGAAGCCAACGUGGAUGUGCCUGUUGCGGUGGGUCAGUUUGUGGAGGGCACGCUUCCUGAGUAUGCUCGAGCGCUGCUUCAGAGCGCCUUGUCUGGUCAGCCACCAUCAGUGAUCGACGCGCUGGAUGAGGUACUGCCACCUCCGAGUGAGGUGGAAACAUUGGACGCUCUCAUGCCUUGGGAAGGUGUGCUGUCGAACAUCUCCACGAUCAAUUUCACGCCCACUUCAGCAGGAGCUGUCCCAGCCACGACCUCAGACACCGAAGGGCCGUCCAUCUUGACAGCAUUCACCGCAGCAUUUGCGCAACUCCUCUCCUUGGAAGUGCUGCUUCCGUGCUCGUUGGCCUUGAACCAAACAGCCAACCUCGCAUGGGGUACUGCGGCCACGCGCUUCAAUGAGUCACUGCAGGAAGGCCUCUCCUUGCUUCAACACAACCAUCUGGGGACGCUGACCAUCCAGGACGAAGAGCUGCUGCAGCUGCUCUGCUUUGGAUCGGCCUUGUCCUCUCUUCAACAAGACGUGCAGCAUGCCUGCACUCAAGCUGUCGAGGCAAUGCGCAACGUCGUGGGUGCUGACAGCGACGACGACGUUGAGAUUGGCGAGGUGGAUGCGCUCUCCAAGCUAAUGUACCUUUCGGUGUUUCGGGUGAAUGCUGGAAGCGCUUUUGCAAAAGGGCUGGAUCUGGCUGCCUGCAAGACUGCACUUCAGCGCUACAAGAAGGUUGUCUUGGAAGAGCAGCGCAAAUGGUCUGAGUUUGUCGACACGCAACUUACCGCGCACGCUCAUACGCCUCGCAUCACGCGCUCGGUGGCAGACGACAUACGAGAAGCAUUGCGACUGUGCAAGAAGUGGAUCUUUACUUCGUUGUGGAAUGAGCUCACCCUCAAGCGCGCCAUUGAACGUCACCAGAAUCUGCUGGCACUGGCUGAAGAGCUGGGGAUGCAGGAUGUGCUGGGAGAGCUCGAUGUGCACGACAUUGUUAAAACACGAGGCUGGUACUCGAGUGACUUCCAUGUUAUCCCUCCUGAAGGAAAACUGUUUUAUGUACCAGGCGGGCGGCGGCUCUUCGAGCCAGGGGAGUGGCCGGACGAUUCCACGCUCCUUGGCAGAUUGCCAAUGGUGCGUGAUCCUGUGGUCUCGCAGUACUUCACCUACCAAGAUGAGUGUCGCCUGGCUGAUCUUGAAAGGAAGAUUCGAGCCAAGUCAGAUCCUCGAACACAAGUGGAUGUAUGUGCACGCCGUGGCGAACAGGUGUUGCAGGAUCUGCUGGUUGCAGCGGCUGACGUGAACGCCGCUCUGUCUGGGCUGCGUUCCAACGGCACCAAGCAGCUGAUGAAGGCAAUGACACGACUGUCACCGCCAGAUCACCUGAACCUGGCCGCCAAUGGAAUCGAACCUGCGCUGGCGCGCGCAGCCGAAAACCAGUACACCAAGGCUGCUCGGGUUAUCAGCGAUGCCGCUCAAGCAGUCGAGUCCGCCGCCAAAGGUAUCACGCAAUGCCAACAGAUGAACGGCAUCAUGCGCGAUCUGCACGAGUUGCAGGCUCUGACAGAUUCAACAACUUCCCUGCAAACUGCACUGCCAGCCAUGCAGCAGCAAGUUGAUCGACUGGUCAAGCGGUACUCGACCCGAGAACCAGAGCAGCUGUGCAAGGGCGUGUGUCACAUGAUGACAAUGACCAAGGACCGCUUGGAGAGCUUUGAGGCAUUGCUGAAGCAGGCAGAUGAGCUGCACAAGAACGUUUUGAAGGAGUGUCCAUCCGGCUCUGAGGCGAAGCAGCUGGUGGUGACCAUCGCAAACAACCAGCUGUCAUUGCAACCCUUGCUUGUUGAGCUGUCGGCAGAGAGUGCGACCAUGCAUUCCUCUGGCGACGAUGCAGGUGACGAAGCUGAAGACGAGGCUGCACACUGUGAUCCCGUUGCUAUUCCAUCAUCUGGGAGUCGACUUGAUCUCCAAUUUGACGCUUGUCACUUCUAUGGCGACGCAUGCGAGCCAUCCAAACGCCAGAUGGUGGUGCGCAACACGUUUGACACGCACGUGCAGUUCAGGCUGGAGUUGGGCGGGGAGCAUGAAGAUGAUUUCAAGGUUGCAUUUGGCGAAGCAGGCACGUUGUCUGCAGGCAGCUCAGAGGCGAUUGAAUGGACAUUUGAGCCAACAGCCGAGGAUCAGAGAAUAGCAACUUGUCACAUCCACUGGGAACUGCUGGACGAAACAAGUCGCGGGGUGAUUGAAAUGCGACUGGUUGGCGAGUGCAGGCCUAUGACCGUGGAAAUGACUGUCAACGCCGACACAACAAGAUGCCAGAAGCUUCCACACGAUGUUUUUGAACCUUCGGUGCUCACACAGAACAUCACGCUCCAAAGUCACGUGGACAAGCCGAGAUGGGUGGCUCUGAACUUGGUUGGUGGCCUCAGGUUCGCCGGCACAAGCCAAACGACCAAGCAAGUUCACCUGGAUGCACGAGGACAGACAACGCUGACCGCAGAUUUCAAGCCACGACCGCACAUAACACCAGGGGUCUAUGACGCCCAGGUGGAGCUGUACCUUCACCCAUCCAAAGCACAGCUGUGCGGAGUCAUUCCCUUGCAGUUUGAGAUUGUGGCGCCAAAGGCGAAUUUCAAGCUGCUGUGGAAGGACAAGGAGGUCGACAUCAAUAAGCGCGUGACGUUGAGGGGAAACCAAGUCGGGCACCCCUAUCGGCUUGUCCUGCGUGUCGAGAACACAGGCACAGCGCGGCUCAAGUGCAACCGAGCAAACCACAAAGACGUCAGCUUCCCAGUGCCCGUGCAGGAUGUUGUCCCAGGCGGCAGCCUCGAAAUUCCAUUCACUGUGGGACCUGAUGGAGGAAUUCUUCGCCGCCUUCGUGACUUGGUCAGCAAGCCAAGCAACGCUGCGUCCAUUGGAAUGUCCUUGAACGACCCUGCUCAACCAACCCUCAACUUGGAGUUCAAGUUGCAGUACUCGACGCCUCAACUUCAACUGGAAAAGCCAGUCAACCUACACCAGUUGUCGUUUGACUAUGACGAAGCGCAGACAGAGUACCGCCACACCUUGCUCGUGACCAUCCGCAACGAAGGCAACUCGCUUGGUGUCAUUGAAUCUGUUGCCUCUUGUGACCGCUCAGUCCUGGCCGCCCUGCCGGAUGGUGAGGAUGUUGAAGUGCAAGCCAGCAAAUCAGCCAACAUGCAGCUGAAUGUGACGACGAAGAAACCACUCUCCCGUCAAGUGACCUUGACCCUACGCACGAAUUCCACCGUUACGCCAGCCCUCAACGUGAAGCUGCAGCUUGUCUUCAACUUUCCGCAGUUGCAGAUUCAUUCCCCAAUGACUUUUGAAGGCUUUGUGUCUGGCACGGCCGUGUUCAGCAAGAUAUUGACAAACAUUGGCUCAAGGACGUUGACUGGUACAGCCACACUGGAGGAUGGAGAGGGCAUGGGACUUCAACUGCGAGCCAAGGGAGGCGAGCCAGCGACACUGUUUGGCCCAUCAGCUCCAACCGCUGACCAAGUCGUCGUUGCCAAGCCAGCCGACAAAGCCUCCUUCAUCACCAGAGUGGAGGUGUACCCCAAGAGCUUCAUCAUUGAGAGUGGGAAAACCAGGACGCUCAAGAUUGCCAUCAAGGGCAAGGACAAACCGAACGCUCGCCAGUUUGCUGAGGCAGUCCUGUUGAGACUGAAGACCAACGAGCCAAAGCAUCUCGGGCCUCGUCAUGUUGGGGUUGUGGUGAGUCCGCGUCCUCAGGUUCACGUGCCACGACUUCCAUUCAGCAUCAACCCUUCGAGAACACGUGAAUCGUUGGUGAAGCAAUCAUUUGUUGCUGCCUUCCAAGGGCGUGACGAUUCUACGCCAGCCAAGGGUGUGGAUGAGUUUCUGGGGUUCAAGGGACUGCCGUCAUCCCCUGGUGAACUCCGGCAGCUACUGGCUCAAGACGAGUUUGGAGUGCUGAGGUUUGAUCUGCUGACGGCAAUCACCAACGAAAGAAGUGCAGCAAAGGACGACAUCAUGCCAGUUGUGGAUGGUUUUGUGCUUGGACUCUCGGCGUGUGGGGUGCCUGCAUCUAUUGGGCGCGAGCUUGAAACCGCCAUCACGAGCAAGAAGUCAUUUGCACGGGCACUGCUUCAACUGGCUGAUCAUUUCGAUGACGUGGACACACGUUCACUGGCCGAUGCUGUAGAGCAAGUUGAGGGCACAGGGCCCAGGCCCCUUCCUGCAGGCGCCUUCUUCACACUGGUGCAUGCAACAGCGUCCAUGCUGGGUGUGACUGCGCUGUAUCCCACGCAACCCGUGACAUCCUUUGCACAUGUGCGCGACCUCUUUGAUCGCAUCACCGCGAACGAAACAGCGCAAGCGCAAGAGGAACAAGAUGCCAGCGCUUCUUCGCGACAGCUGUUCGAGGCGCUUGCGCGACUCAGCAUCCACACACCGGGCAUGUUGUCGGAAACCAUCACCACCUGGAAGGUUGAGCAAAGCGCGUCACAGGGAGGGAACAGCCGCUCGCUGGUGAGUAUCGUGACAAGUGCCGAGGCAACUGGCGCCACGGGAUGGCGGUUAGCCCUCUCCAUUAUGAACAGAUGCACCGCCGGUGCUGGUCGGCUGGGUCACAAGUUCGUUGACAAGUUUGUGCGCUGGGCCGAAGACCCCACCAACACUCCACCCGACUUCAUCUUGCCGCAUGCCGGGGGAUAUGCUUCAAGGAAAGACAUCGGGGACGCCAUCAUGAGAGCCAUCCCAGAGCAAAGAGACCUUGCUGACGAGCAAGUGCUCUCGCUGGCUCGCAACUUGUAUCUCUGCAAGGCAAAGAAAUCGAAGCUCAGUGAUGAGCAGCGUCACUUCCUCAAUGAGCUCGAACACAAAUCAAGCGAGGCGAUGAAGGUGCUGGAUACGGCGAUGAAGAAGCAAAACCCACGCUGGCAGAACAUUCAGGAUGGCUUUUUCAAAGGCGUUGCGCACACACUCGUGUCACCAUUCACGGGUAGCCCUUCUACAAUUCAACUCCUGGAUACAAUGUUUUCGCGUCUCAAAGACAAGGCGCCAUCACCAACAAACACUGCCCUUCGUCCGCUCAAGAGCGUUGCUGCGAGCGCCUCUGCUUUGAAGACAAAUUGGGCACGAAUGUUUGCGCUGUUUGUUGUUCUGGACACGAUGUCAAACUCAGCGCCAGUUCUCAACAUAAGCCUGUCACAAGCCCUUGACCGCCAUAUUCAGCACCAUCCACUGUUGUGCCUUCGCAUGGUGCUGCAGGCCAACACCAAGAGCCAAAAGAAAAGCAACGAUGUCGAUCGGCUGUGCGACGCUCUGGUCCGAGUGAAAGCCACCGGGGCGCGUGAACACGCCGCACUGUUCUGCCUUCUCGAGCUUGGUUUCCAACCAUCUGAAUCAGGAGGUCCGCGAACGCUGCAGGAAUGUUUGGAGCAACGAAAGCUGGCCGCGAAGCUUGCCCAGCUCUUGCCAGAGUGCUUCGGUUCUUCGAGGUCAGAACACUUGAAAGAAAUUGCCGCCCGACUUGAGAGCGGUGAUGACUCAUUCAAUGGUGUGGCUCGUCACAUUGAAGCAGGGGACUUUGCCGCGGCAAUCGAUGAGUUGCCCCUUCCCAAGACACCUACACUGAAGCUGCUACUGACGAGUCUCCGAGCAUCGAAACGCGCAAAGCUGGACCCCCAACUGCUGCGCUCUCCCGAUGACACGAUUGCCCUCGUGGAACAGCUGGUCGACUUGAUGUCUGAUCCUGAGCCCAUGCAGACUCUGAAAAAACCUUCUGCCGUGCAGUACUUGGGCGUCCUUGCCCAUGUUGUGCACCGACUACACAGAAGCGUUGAUGAAGAUGUCGAAAGCGAUGGAGUGACCGGCGAGGACGACAUUCCGUCAUCGCUUGUUUGUCCCAUCACGCAGGACCUGUUCGACGACCCCGUCAUGUUGCACGGCAACACGUACUCUCGAGCAGAAAUCACGAAAUGGCUUGAAGAGUAUGGCACGGACCCACUCACUCGCCAGCCAUCAAGCGUGGAUGACCUGAUGCCAAACCGCGCCAUCCGAGACGCUGUUGAAGAGUACGAACUGAAGCGGGCGGCAACUGGAAGUUGGCGAGAGGAGAGCGUGCGCGGCGAAUGGGUGGAAGCCAUCUGUCGUGAGUUGGAUCAUGUCCAAUCUUGGGCGAGGGAGCAGGCAGCUCAGACACAAGCAGAUGCGAAAGAGGAUGAAGAAGGUGAAGAGGGUGACGGCGCGCCACCACUGCGUACCACGUCUGAUGCAAGCGGAAGCACGAGCGCUCGUCCCGCCACAACACCAGCCGUGUCAGGAAGUGGGCGAGCAUGGGAUGAUGGUGGCGGUGAUGAUGGUGACAGCGAGGGAACGACAUGCGUCGCAACGACAUGUGUGUUCUGUGCUGCUGGAGAGAGUGGCUUGAACAUUGCAGAACUUUCAGCUGCGCCCACGAGCUUCUCGCACCAUGGCCCAUCUGGUUCCACCCAUUCCAGGCCCUCGGAGAGCCACGACGACUUUGACGCUGGCCCCCUCGUUGCCUGUGCAGAUGCGUUGAUGGCUGCUCAACAACGCGUGUUUGAGCACAUGAGUACCACGAGCAUUAUCGCGUACAGGACGAAAGCGGUUGCCGUCCUCUCAUCGUUUGAGACAGCGAUGGCAGCUGUUGCAGACACGACGCCAGCGACUGUGUGCGAGGCCAUUGUUCGCAGCGGCCUUCAGCUGAUUGUGUCUGCUCGCUCCAUGCUGCACAUACUGGAGCGCGUUCGAACAGAUGCGCUCGUCUUGACAGAAGAAGAGUGUGUGGCGGUGAUGGAGGCGGUAUCAGCAGCGCUAUUUUAUGGGUUUGGCGCAGCCCUCCCAGAAGCCCUGCAGCACCGACUGCACAAGAUUCAACGACUGCUACAACUGGAAGGUGUGCAGGCGAACCUGCGCCACACCCAGUUCAAGUGGCUGAAGGACGAGGACGCUUGCUCUGUUGAGGAAGAAGAAGGAAGCGACAGCACGCCCAGCACGCCCCAACCUCGUCAUCGCAGACGGAAGCACGGCGACAUCGACCUGCAGCAUUCGCAGUCAGAGACGUCACUGGGUCACGUUGGGACGGCGUAUGAAACCGGGCUUGGGAACACCAACGAGGAUGAAGAUGAUGACGAGGAUGAUGACAUUGUUGGUGACAACACGACAGCUUCGCAGGCAGCAAGUUUGUACGGCUUCAAUCCUGAUGAUGCCGUUGAUCGCAUGAGCAUCAGUCUCAGCAAGCUCAUCUUUGAUAAAGGUGCAACACCUGGCGACAGCGAUGGUGAUCACGGGCCCAGCGGUGAUGGGGGUGGAUCAAGGCCUGGUGCUCAUGUGCCCAGGCCAGAGCACGCUGAUGGUGUUCGCAUUUCUUCUUCGAUGCUGGCAAACGCCGUCAUCAAGACCAGUACCUCCACCUCCUCAUCAUCAGACAGGAAGCGAAUGGUCACUUGCAAGGUCAAACUGACCAAAGAGGACAUUAUGGCUGCGACGAAGCAGUUCCAGCAUCGGCUUGGAAGCGGGGAAGUGCGAUUCCGACCUGCCGCGCUCUCUGCCGAUCGUGAGGUUGGAGAUGUGACCACGGUCAAAGACAUUGACUUCAAGGAUGGGUUCUCGUUUCAGGAGUCCCUCUUUGGUCGGCUGUGUCGUGCGCACCACAUGAACAUCCUGUCCCUUCAGCAAAAGGUGCUGGAUCUGCUCAUGCAAACACACGUUCGCGGUGUGGAGGUGCAUCUUGAGGUGGCCAUUCUGGUCGACAAUUCGCUCUCCAUGCAAGGCGGGUGCGGCAACCAAGCUCGCCAAACACUGGUGGUGCUGUUGGAGGCACUGCGGCGCCUGGAAUUGAAGACUGCGGUCCUUUCGUUUGCUGGGAAGGGCCAGGAGCGGUGGCUGAAGAAGUUUGAGCACGCCAUGUCCUGUGAGAAGGGUGAAGAAGUGCUGCUGCGCCUCAACUUCAACCAGUUUGGCACUGCCAUUGCGGAUGCAAUGCACUGUGCGCGCGCGCACCUGGCCGAGCGUCGACGUACUCGCGCCGCCAGUGGCAAAGCCGUGUAUCCGCAAACAAUGGUGGUGAUCACAGAUGGCCUGUCGAGCCAGUUGAAGGCGGAGGGCCAGGCCCAUUCUGCGUUCUCGCAGGUGCUGUCGAAAGCUACCUCGGAAGGUGUGAAGGUUGUUGGCAUUGAGAUGAACAGCUCAACGACAAUUGGUGGAAGCGACUUGCGCGGCUUGGCCAAGCAUGGACUGGGAUGGACCCAGCCAAACCUGGAGAGCAUGAGCGUGGAGGUACCCAACGUGUUGUACCGGGUGCUGGAGGAGCAGUUGAGGCAGUACAGGGGUGUUGCUUCACGCCAGUCUCCAUUCGAUGGCAACCGCGUGCACCUGGGUGUCAACGGACGCAACUCAGCCUUUGAGCUUGAUUUGCAGAAGCUGGCCAGCGAUCGGUGGAUUGACACGUACAAGCCAGGGCCGUACCGCCCGCCAAAUGUGUGCGUGCAGGCCCUUGGUGCUCCACCGCAGAAGUGCAAGGCGCCAAUGCUGCGUUCGGAUGUGCUGCGGAAGAUGCGCGUGACCCACACGACACUUCGACGCGCCGCAACCCCAUGUGAACACCCCACUCAGUGGUACACGGACACGUUGCAGAAGUACGGCCAGCAAGUGAACAUGGUGCAAGAUGUGCUGAAGCAGCACCUGACGAAGCGUGCAUCCAUGCGCAAGAAGGCCGGCUUCACCAGCGGCAAGAGCGUCAACCCAGCCAAGCUGAUGCAAUGCAAGGCGACCCAAUUCACCUCCACUGCGUAUUGGGAACGCUACGUGCCCGAGGGCCGGCCAGCCUACCGCUUUGCACUGGCGAUUGACAUGAGCGCAUCCACCGGUGACACGCCAACGUCCUUCUUCAACGCGCAGUCCCUGGUGCUGCUGCUGGAGGCCUUCAAGCGAUUUGGGCUGCACGAUACGAUUGUGUACGGGUUUGGCGAGAGCGCGUGCACGCUGAUGAAGGAUCGCACAGAGCACGUGGACGCGACGGCGCUGAGCACCAUCGUGCGCACGCUGGCGACUGUUGGGUUUGCGCAGCAGUCGACGAACGUGGCUGCGGCCAUCGCCGCUGGCGUGGAGCUGUUGACGGAGGCGAAUGACAACGACGCGAGCGUUGAGACGUCGACGCUGUUUGUGUUGACGGACGAUGCGCCAGAUCCACAGCAUGAGGCUGCGCUGCGCUACGCCGCUACCCUCGGCAUUGAUGUGGUGCAGAUUGUGAUUGGCACGGUGCCCAUGUCCACGCAGCGCGCGUUCACCCGCUUCAUCGAAGUGUCGUCGCCGCUUGAGCUGCCAAAGGCGCUUGACAUGUACUUUGAGCGGAUGCAUCUUCCGCAAGCACGGAGUCAAACGGUCCCCGUGCGCAGGGGUGAUUUCGUGCUGAGCGAUGACGAGCAGAAGGAUGUGCAGGACAAGGUCGCUGCUGAGCUGGCCAAAGACAGUCCAUACCGAGAGUAUCUUGCUGAGAAUGCUGAUGAAGCAGAAGUGCGGCUUGAAUUGACCCAAGGCGCAGCUGUGACCUUAGAGGUGGAGGCGGUGAUUGUGAUGGACUGCACCGGAUCCAUGGGGCACUGGAUCGAUGCGGCAAAGGCCCACGCCACCAGCAUGAUGAAGUUUGUGAGAGACCAAGCAGUGAGCAAGUUUGGCCGUGAUGUGAACGUUCGCCUCGGCUUCGUUGCGUACCGCGACUACGACUUUGGAACAGUAUCGGAACAGUGCCCGCUGACACGAGAUUUGAGACAUGUUGAUGCGUUCAUUUCGAGGCAAGUUGCCUGCUCAGGACGACACCGUGAUGUUCCAGAGGAGGUCUUGACUGGACUCCGAGCAGCAGUGAGCAUGGCGUGGACGCCGACAGCAGCGGUGAAACUGGUUGUCCUCGUUGGGGAUGCACCGCAGCACGGACCGGAAUUCGUCCACGAGAAGAGAGACAAUCAUCCAAAUGGGCCUCCAGCAGGGUACCCGGACCAUGGCAAGUCCCACUUGCAACGCGCAAUUGAAAUUACUGAUGCGAUGAAGGACAAGAACAUUGAGCUGAUCUUCACUCAUAUUCGAAGACAGACAGCCAAGUUUGAGGCCAAGUUGAAUGAACUCCUGGACGGCAAGAUGAAAACAGUCAAUCUUGGCAACCACCCGGAUUCGUUCGCCAGCAGCGUCCAGGAGCAGAUGGUGCUCAUGCUGAGCGAGCUGGGCUGAGGCAAUGUGUGCGUGUGUGUGCGUGUGUGUGUGUGUGUGUGUGUGUGUGUGUGUGUGUGUGUGUGUGUGUGUUUGGACUUGCGUAUGCGUGUGUUUGUUUGGGGUGAGAACUGGGUCCCUUUUGCUGUGUGCACUGAUACCUCAACACUUUGUCGUUGCGGGCUUCUUCCGUGAUUUGUUCUCAUGCUCUUGUUUGACCUUUGUUGCCACGUUUUCGUCACAACAUCACGUACCCUGCUUACAUGUUAUCCUGCACUUGAUUCAUUUGUGUUUCUUGCUUGCGUUCCACCCUUUGUUUUCGUUUGAAUGAGUUUACACAACAACGACAACAACAAGUGGCAAGAG